UGGAGGAAAGUGAUGAAACAAGCGAGCUGAAGUCCAUCCAGAAGGAGCUCGAGGAGCUGCAGGUGAAAAAGGAGGAGUUGGAGAACAAAGGAGAUGCCAAAGAAUACACAAAUGAAUGUCAUGAAGUGCAGCGGCAUUCUUACAAAAAAAAACCACGAGGAGGGAUCUACUUGCUGCCUCCCCCGCUGCCAAACCAGGAAGUUCCAGGUGCAGAAGAAACACAGUCCAGCCACAUCGUUCCAGGUGUGUCACAACUGUGUGAAGGUGUUGACAAGAGGACGAGCUUUAAAUGUUCUGUCUGAUUCUGGUGUUCGUGUUGUCCUUGUUGAAGUGGAGGCUUUGGGCCGAACAUCAGAAGUCACAAAGUGUCCAUCCUGUGAAGAGGUCGUUGUCACAGAAACCCACAGUACAAGGGGCGGGGCAGUGUGGAUAAUGUGCUUCAUGUGCACCUUCAUGGGCUGUGUCGCAGGCUGCUGUUUGAUCCCSUUCUUCAUGAAGCGCCUCAGGAACACACACCACCAUUGUCCCCAGUGUCAGGCCAUCAUCCACACCCACCAUCCUCUCUGACACCAGGAGCACCACGAUCAUCAGGAAAGACUGUUGCCUGCGUUAGGUUAGGCUUUCAGACCCUAACCUGGGACUUUAAAUGAGACUAGACAUCCCCAUCUUUACAAAACAACCUGAUGAACAGAAACAGAUACGUAGAUCCUUUGUUUCAGCGCUGCUGUAAAUAAUUCCUCUUUACCAAAGAGAAAACAAAACGCUCUGUUUGAGCACCUGAUGGAAACUGUUCUUCACAGCCUUUCCUAUCAGUUUAUUUGGUCUCUUUCAUUCAAAUAUG